AUGGUAAUAAUAUCAUUUUACGUUGUCAUUAUUACCACGAUAACUAAUCCGCAAAGUGUAGCAGUCACCAUUUCAAAUAUUACUCCAGAACUUUUCAAACAACUUCGUUCGGAUUAUGGUCUAGCAUUAUCAUGUCCUUGUUCAACAAUCAGUGUACCUUAUAAGGCUUUUGUUACCAAUGAAGUCUUAUUUGAUCCUGUUUGUACAAGCAUUUUCACUAGUCGCGAAUGGAUUGAAGCCAUAUAUUUGGUCAAUGCAAGUGCAUAUUUAUUGAUUGAUUUUCGAUCGACUGCAGGCUCUCAAGUGAUGGCAGUGAUGGUAGCAGCAAUUGUUCAAGGUGUACCUGUUACAGACAAUCAUAUGCGUGAGUCGUGUGAAGCUCACUUUUACUCUUAUGGUGCGGAUCCAUGUGAAGGUACAGUCAGUGUUAGAGGUGGGUGCAAAUCAUCGACGCUCAAUUUUGCUCAUACAAAUACGUCAAAAACAUGUACUUCAGUCAAGUUCUUCUGGUCGUAUCCUGUUGAUAAUUUAACAAUGAUUAUCGAAACACCAUUUACAGAAAAACAACAACAGUAUUCAAUUAAGUUUAACGUAGAUCGUACAAUGGGUGCCAUUACAAAUGUUUUUAGAAUAUUUGGAAGAGAAGAAAUCUUAGUGACACCAGCAGAAAGUAAACUUAUUCAACCAUCGGAUUCUAAUUAUCAGAUUAUUCUGAAGUUACAAGGUCCAUCUAGGUUGACCUCCUAUGGUGUGUUUAUUGAUUAUGAAGUUGUUUAA